UCAAGAGCUCUUCCCUCUCCCCUGAUUGGGUGCCGGGCAUCCCUGGCUUUAUAAUCUCAGGGUCGUAGGCCGGCCCAGCUGGGCGGUAAUUCGAGGCGGAGUCCGUGGUCGGAGGGUGUGAGUGUACAGCCCGGGAUUGCUGGCAGGCAGGGCCCGCAGCCUAGGGGCGGCACGAUUUCGGCUUGCACCAAGCUGAGAGGAGAGGCGCCCCCAGGGACGCACUGAGACUAUGAGGCUCUGACCUCCCCUGGCCACUCACUCGUGACCCUUCCACCACGGCGGAGCCUUCCAAGCCAACCUCCUGCCGUGUGGUGAUCUACCUGCAGCGGGAGAUGUCGGGGGAUACCUGCCUGUGCCCAGCCUCAGGGGCUAAGCCCAAGCUGAGCGGCUUCAGGGGAGGAAACCUGGGCAACAAAUACGUCCAGCUCAAUGUGGGUGGUUCCCUGUACUACACCACCGUGCGGGCGCUAACCAGGCAUGACACCAUGCUCAAGGCCAUGUUCAGCGGGCGCAUGGAGGUGCUGACUGACAAAGAAGGCUGGAUCCUCAUAGAUCGAUGUGGAAAGCACUUUGGCACCAUUUUGAAUUACCUCCGCGACGACACCAUCAUUCUCCCUCAGAGCCGGCAAGAAAUCAAGGAACUGAUGGCUGAAGCGAAAUAUUACCUCAUUCAGGGGCUGGUGAACAUGUGCCAGACAGCCCUGCAGGACAAGAAGGAUUCCUACCAGCCUGUGUGCAACAUCCCUGUCAUCACAUCCCUGAAGGAGGAGGAGAGGCUUAUCGAAGCCUCCACCAAGCCCGUGGUGAAGCUGCUGUACAAUAGAAGCAACAACAAGUAUUCCUACACCAGGCCUGCUGGCCCUCAUGGGUUUUUCAGCAACUCCGACGACCACUUACUGAAAAACAUCGAACUGUUUGACAAGCUCUCCCUGCGCUUCAAUGGCCGUGUGCUCUUCAUCAAGGACGUCAUUGGCGAUGAGAUCUGCUGCUGGUCCUUCUACGGCCAGGGGCGUAAGCUGGCAGAGGUGUGCUGCACCUCCAUUGUGUAUGCCACGGAGAAGAAGCAGACCAAGGUGGAAUUCCCAGAGGCCCGAAUCUAUGAGGAGACGCUCAAUGUCCUACUCUACGAGACCCCCCGAGUCCCUGACAACUCCUUGUUGGAGGCCACAAGCCGUAGCCGCAGCCAGGCUUCCCCCAGUGAAGAUGAGGAGACCUUUGAACUGCGGGACCGUGUCCGCCGCAUCCAUGUCAAGCGCUACAGCACGUAUGAUGACCGGCAGCUCGGCCACCAGUCUGCCCAUCGCGACUGACAAGACCCUCAGGGAGUCAGGGCACAGGACGCCCUGUCUCCCCUCUUGUGGAGCCCCGCCCCAUUUGCCACCCCACACUGCUGCUGGCUGGGUCUCUGCUCCAGCACCCAGAGGCAUGACAGGCCUUGCCUGGGAGGUCAGAGGGCCUGAGUAGAGGGAGGGACCGUAUUCCUUUGCCCUGCUCCCUGAGCACUUCAGGAUGACUGAGUCCCGGCUUCUUUGCCCAGCAUCCUCCUGCCUGCCUGACGGGGAGUAUUCUGUCCCUGGGUGAGUGGACCGACCUGCCCACCUCCUCCUAAGAACAUUCCCCUUGGCCCUCUGCUCUGCUGAAGGGCUACUUCUGGACCUUAGCUGAGGCCCAUAGAGAAUGGGUUCAUUCUGUGAAGGUGGCUGCUGGUGCUAUGGAGGCGCAGUUUCUUAGAAGGUGGGGCUCCUUUUGUUCCUAAGGUGUUUAAGCACAGGCUUGGUGACUAUUAUUUUUAAAAUAAUCCAGGAAAUUAAUAGUUAUAGGUCUAAUGAGGGGACUGGGUAUUCCUGCUACCCCUCCAGGGUGCCAACAACCUGGGUAAGGCAGAACCCCAGGCUCUUCUCGAUGCCUUUGGGAUCUAUUUCUUUAAAGCACUUUGUACUUUGGUUCAGGAGAUGUGUAUUCCCUGACCCAUGUUGUCUUUUUCUGAUCCUAGUAAUCCAGUCUUCCCUGCAGAAUCAAUCUGAGGGAGGGGAUAAAAGAAGCAAUAAAAACACUGACCAGCUUCGGCUUUGCCUGGCUGGCCAAGCAGCCAGCCCAGAGCGCGCUGAGGAAGGAUGUGUAAGCUGGGACCUGUGGUCCUAACACCCCUGUGAAAACGGACAUUUUACCCCAAUAUCUUAGAGUCACAGAACUAACUCCUAGGUUCUAGCAUGAUUGCUCUUUUUGAUUCUCUUGCCGUUGUCUCCAAAGCAUGCUGUCCUUACCGUGAGGCCAGGAGCAUGGGUCACAGCAGGAAGGCUGUGGAGCCCGUGGGCAGUGGGCAUCGUCCUGCAUUCCUGGCAGCACUGUGCAGAGGUGGCAUGUGCUUGGUCACACGUCUCCUCCUCCCCCAUCCAUGCUAUUGGGUUUGUGUUCUGGCUGGGGAUAGUGGUUCUGCCCAGUGGUGAGUCUAAACACAGGAUGAUGUGAGCAGCCUAAGCCCCUUGAAAGGUUUCUUCAUUUCUUUUUUGUUGGGUAACUUGGCCAUGGAGGUGCCAAGCACCAGCUUUUGGGCAAAGGUGUGAGUUCCUCUUCAGGGCUUUGGUUUUCAUUCCCUUCUGUUUAGUUUGGCCCUUGGGAGGCUGCUUAUCCGAAUUCUUUUCCAAAGGAAUGCCAUCAGGGAGGGAGUGUUCAGCCAGCCUAACAAAACAAUAUAGUCACUUACCAAUACCCACUCAUUUGGAAAGGGACAUAGGUUCUCAAGUUCAUCUCUCUUGACUACUCUUACUGUAAGCCCAUAAGUGGCUGCUCCUGGCCGACCCCACAGAGCCUGUGGGCAAAUGCCAGGCCGGGUUAGCAGACACUCAGCAAGGACCUGAAAUGACAUGAUGUGGCAGGGAAAAUAGAACUAAUCAGACAUUUUACACUUGUCACAGUCUUGAAUGUAUAGACUUUCAGGGGAGUCACCCUGCUGAUCAGCUAUGAAUAGUUCUUCCAGCCCUCAAUGAAGUAACAAGAUGAAGACAAAUCCAUUUCUUUGGCCAGAUUCCAGCUUUGGCUCUGUCUUUCCCACAGAACCUGGAACACUUCUGCCUGCAGCCACUGGCCUAUUUCUUCAGCUGUCCUCCUGAAGUCCUUUAAAUACUCCCAAGUCCCAGCUCCCCACUGAGGUAUUUGAAUGAUUGUCUUUGACCUUCGUAACCCCUGUAGCCCCCUUACUGCUUUGACAUUCAGAUCCUCUGUUGUCUCAGUGGCUAGUAUUCCUAAGAAAGCAUGAUAGUCUGGGACUCUGGGUACUUUCUCUGAUUGAAAAUAUGGCCUUGGUCUUAGAAAAAACACUAACACUGAACUCACUGAAGUAGUCUUAGCUUUUUAAAUCAGACUUUGUGGUGUAAAGGUUUAGAGAAUUUUGAGUUUCCCAGCUCCAUUCAGAAAGCAGCUCUUGGUUGUGUGAAAUUUUCAACUCUGAGUAACCCAGGGAAAAGGAAACAAAGUGUGGAUGAAAGUCAAACGUCAUCCGUGUCUGAGAAAACUGGAAGCCUGCUGUUAACCACAUGUACCAGUAUAGGGUUUUAUUCAGUUUGUUAUCUGACCAAGGUCUGCCUGAAGGAUGGCACAGGUCCUGGCAUAAGAGAACGUCUCCUUUAUCAUGUAACUACAGUUGUUCAGCAUAGGUGAUGGAAACAAACACUAAUUUCUAAUAAAAUUGUGUUACACUGCA